UCCAUUCUUUUCUUCUUGGGGUGCUUUUCUUGUGUCUGUGGAUAUAGAAUGUGUAUUAUCAACGCAAUAUGUAACUUUCUAAGUACUUAUUCCUUUCCUCUCUUCUUUGCAACUUGCAGGCCUAUAUGUUCGCAGCUUGUUAUCGCAUCAGAAGUUAAUUCUCAAGUCAUUCUCCAUCAUAAGCUCUACUGAUCGCAGUCAAGUAGUGCAAUACCAAUGGCUGAGUCUGUUGUUUCGUCCGUGGCGCAGACAAUAGGAAAGCUGCUCAUCGACGAGGCCAAAUUCUUGUGGGGCGUGGAGGGCAAGGUCGAGGAUCUGCAAAGGGAGCUGAGGCUGAUCCAGUGCUUGCUGAGGGAUGCGGAUGCGAGACGAGAGCACAACCAAGCAGUUGGAGAAUGUGUUGCACAACUCCGAGACAUUGCCUAUGAUGCAGAGGACGUCAUCGAAAGAUACAUCCUCAGAGCGGCGCUGAGGAAGGGACAAAACAUCAUCAAAGCGUAUGCUUGCUUUGUUUCAAAGCGCCCGUACUUGCAGGUCCAUGUGGUGGGGACAGAGAUUGAGGGCUUUAAAUCCAGCAUCUCCAAUCUUAGAAUGAGCAUGUUGGCUUUUGGCACACAACAUGCCAAUGAGCGCGAACACCAACGCAGAGCGUCGAUGCUGAAAAGGAAUUAUGGCCAUUUUAAGGAAGAUUUUGUUGGGAGGGAAGAUGGUAUUGAGGAAUUGGUAGAGAAGUUGAAUGAUGAAAAGCAGAGAGUUAUUUUUAUAUGGGGAAUGGGUGGUUUGGGUAAAACCUCUCUCGCCAAGAAAGUGGUCGCUCUUGACAAAGUGAAAAAGAAUUUCGAUGGUUCUGCAUGGGCUUGUGUAUCUCAAGAAUACCACGUGAAAGAUAUCUUGGAGGGAAUUCUUAUCAAGUUGAUCCCCGACCAAAGAAAGAAUGUUAAGGAGAUGGAAGAAGAUGAAUUGUUGAAAACUCUAUACGAGAUCCAACAAACGAAGAGAUUUAUCGUGGUUCUUGACGAUAUUUGGUCCAACGAGGCAUGGAACAGUCUCAAAGCUGCAUUUCCUCUCGAGGACAUGAAAAGCAAGCUAUUGAUAACAACCCGCAAUAGACAAGUAGCGGAGUAUAUCGAUCCUCGAGGUCAUUUUUAUCAACCUCGGUACCUUUCAGAUCCGGAGAGCUGGGAUCUCCUGAAGAAGUGGGCGUUCCCUAAACCCAAAGAAUUAGCUGUCGGACUUUCUUCGGCUGGACCUGGAGUUAGUGAAGAUAUUGCUGCGGGCCAAACUGUAGAAGGUAUCACAAGACAAUCAGAGAUGGAGGGACAAACACCAGGAAUCACUGAAGAUAGGAAGAGCAUAGGAGAAGAACUGCUUAAGAAGUGUGGCGGAUUACCCUUGGCUAUCAUUGUGCUUGGUGGACUUCUGGCGAACAACGACUGGAAGACGGUUUCCGAAAAGAUUAAAUCAUAUUUUAGUGAUGAGAGUGAUGUAUUCAAAGUAUUGGCCUUAAGCUAUGAUGAUCUACCAUGGCAUCUAAAGCCAUGCUUCCUGUAUUUGAGUAGCUUUCCGGAGGAUGCAGAAAUCCCUGCAACAAAUCUUCUUAACAUGUGGAUUGCUGAAGGCUUUGUGUUGCAGAAUGAUUAUGACGAAGAGAGAGAUAUCCAAGUGGAAGAUGCAGCAGAAUAUUUAAUGGAGUUGGUUGGUAGAGGGAUGGUUCAAGUGCGAUUUAACUUGAGUGGAAAAAUUAAAACCAUCCACCUUCACGACUUGAUGCGGGACUUAUGCAUCUCCAAGGCUAGGCAGGAGAGAUUUCUGAGCAAGCGUAACAUUCAGCAGGACAAUGAGACGGAUAAUCGUUCUUCUCCAUUGGCACUAAAGUCGAAGUCAACUUGCAAAAUGCGAAGGCUUUCUCUCAGUAUGAAAGCAAACUCGAUUUCGGGCGUGAAAUCAAUAGGAGGGCCUAUGCUCCACCUUCGAAGUCUCAUGUUCUUCGGAUCCAUCGAAGGGAAGGGGAAGCGUUUUCAACCUAUUUUCAAAAGCUGUAAGUUUCUCAGGGUUCUGAAGCUAGAAUAUCUUUUCGAUAUGAAAGGAAAAUUACCCAAAUCAAUUGGAGACCUAGUCCAUUUAAGAUUCUUAAGUUUAGCAAGAAGUGGAUUUGAGGGUUUGCCAAAAUCUGUGGGGAAUCUUGUAUGCAUGGAAUUCUUGGACUUGCGAGUAAGGGUAUUGACGAUGUUUGCAGUGCCGGAUGUGCUGUGGAAGAUGAGAAGGUUGAGGUACCUCUAUCUCCCCUAUUCAUUUUAUGUCACUGGGAAACUCGUGGGUACUUGGAAGAAGUUGCGAUUGGGCACUUUAAAGAAUCUUCGGAGAUUGAAAAACUUUAGUCCGCUGAGGUGUGAUGUGAAUGAUGUAGGCAAACCGACCAAUUUGCAAAAGCUCACCGUCGGUGAUUGUUAUGAGUUGGAGAUAAUUCCACAAUUUGCUAAAUUCAGUUUGAAACAUCUUCGAUCCUCAUCUUUUAUGUUCUAUGGCGAUUCAUUCACCGAAGGUGAAUUGAGUAGAACCUCAAGUUAUCCCUAUUCCCGCAAAUUGUACAUACAUGGGGAAAUAAUUGAGAAAUUACCGGAACAUAAGUAUCUACCCCAGCAACUGACGAAGCUGGUCUUGUUUGGCUCCAAACUCAAAGAAGAUCCGAUGCCAAUAUUGGAGAAAUUGCAGCACUUGGUUGUUCUCAUGCUGGCGGGUGAUGCUUUUGUGGGAAAGGAAAUGGUUUGCUCUGCAGGAGGCUUUCCGCAACUCAAGCAUUUACUUCUUUAUGAACUGCCAAAUUUGGAGGAGUGGAGGGUGGCUGAAGGAGCCAUGCCUGAUCUUUCUCAAUUAGGGAUCAGCGAUUGUCCCAAAUUGAAGGCGGUACCUCAACUUGAAGGAGUCUCCACGUAUGACUGUUGGGAAGACGUGUGUCGUGAGCAUCGGAAGGCGGGGUCUCUGAUAUUCCGGUUGCAAGGUGUUGUUGUAGGAACAGGGCAACAAGGAUUGCUCGUGUCCGGCUCGACUAACUUUCAGUUCGGUACGGUUGAAAUAGUCGUCACACCGGCCAUGCGGUUGUGCUUACUCUUGAUUGUUGUUAUUCAGAAGCCAUCUUGUAAGAUUGAUUUGGACGAGAUGGCAUAG